GCCACACCCGCUCCCAUGAACACUCACAGAUCUCACAGAGACUCUAGUGCAACCCGCACCAAUAGACGAUGUAAAAGGAAUCGCAAUUUUUCUACAAAACGAUCCCAUUCUGUAACAGUAACUGAUAUCCGUAGAUAAAUAUGGAGUCGCCGCCAGAGUCCGUCACGGAGCCGGGCAAGAGCGCUUCUGAAGCGGGCACUUCGGUGCAGGACAGCUCGGUGAAACCGGACAGCGAGGCUGAAACCGAGAAACCAGCACCAGUUAGGCGGCGGAGUUGCUCAAGUACCAACAAGGAUGUGACUUCAGCCAAGAAAACAAACACGUCUCAGAUUGAGAGUAUUCCCUGUAAAAUCUGUGGAGAUAAAUCAUCAGGGAUUCAUUAUGGUGUUAUCACCUGUGAGGGAUGCAAGGGAUUCUUCAGGAGAAGUCAGCAGGGCACUGUUUCAUAUUCUUGUCCUCGGCAGAAGAGCUGUCUGAUUGACCGGACCAGCAGAAACCGCUGCCAGCACUGCCGCCUGCAGAAAUGCUUAGCAGUGGGCAUGUCAAGAGAUGCUGUAAAGUUUGGCCGCAUGUCCAAGAAGCAGAGGGACAGUCUGUUCGCAGAGGUGCAGAAACACCGUCAGCAGCAGCAGCAGCAGCAGGAGAAAGUGAAUGAAAAGGCAGAAGAGGGGCGGGAACCUCAAUCUCCUGGAGAGGCAGAGCCACUCACACCCUCUUAUGCCCUUUCCACCAAUGGGGUCACAGAGCUCCCAGAUGACCUCAGUGGAUAUGUGAAUGGUCAAAGCCCAGAGAAGGGCAAGGCAGAUUCAGCAAUUGGUGGAUUUUACCUGGACAUUCAGCCUUCUCCAGACCAGUCAGGUCUAGACAUGGAUGGCAUUAAAUUAGAAUCUGUGUGCGACCUCAGCUCAGACUCUGGACUUGAUCAAUAUUGUUGCUAUAGCAAUGGAGACACCUCUCCCCCUGACAGUGAUAUAGAACAUCUGUCAGAGAACAUCUGCAAGUCUCAUCUGGAAACGUGCCAGUAUCUUAGAGAAGAGCUACAGCCCAGCAACUGGCAGACAGUCCUACAGACUGACCUGGACACAUACCAAAAGAAGUCUCAGGAGGACAUGUGGCAGCUGUGUGCCAUCAAAGUCACUGAGGCUGUGCAGUAUGUGGUUGAGUUUGCCAAGCGCAUCGAUGGAUUCAUGGAGCUCUGUCAGAACGAUCAGAUUGUGCUGCUCAAAGCAGGUUCUUUAGAGGUUGUGUUUGUGAGGAUGUGUCGGGCUUAUAACUCCCAGAACAACACAGUCUAUUUUGACAGCAAAUUUGCAGGGCCUGAGGUCUUUAAAGCACUAGGCUGUGAUGAUCUUAUCAGCUCUGUGUUUGAAUUUGCUAAGAGCUUGAACUCUCUACAGCUAACUGAAGAUGAGAUUGGCCUCUUUUCUGCAUACGUGCUGAUGUCUGCAGAUCGCUGUUGGCUGCAGGAAAAGACCCGAGUGGAGAAACUCCAGCAGAAGAUCAAACUCGCCCUCCAGCACUUACUGCAGAAGGACCAGAGGGAUGAGGGAAUUCUCACAAAGCUGGUCUGCAAAGUGUCCACUGUCCGGAUGUUAUGCCGUCGACACAUGGAGAAGCUGAGUGCGUUCAGAGCUCUGUACCCAGAAAUGGUCCACACGCGCUUCCCUCCGCUCUAUAAAGAGCUGUUUGGCUCAGACUUUGAGCAGGCUCUGCCUCAGGAAGCCUGAGAGAGAGACUCAUCCUGAUAUUGCAUGGAUCCAGAGAAAGAAAGAAAGAAAGAAUGAGAGAGAGAUAAUACUAACAUGCUGACAGAAAAUCUAAGCUCACUUCAGCCUCAGUUCAUGUACACUGCAUUGUCACAAAGCACUUCUCAGAGUUCUGCUACACUUUAAACUUUGCCCCUGGCCGUGCACUAAAAGGCUGGGUGGUCUGAAGGAGAGGAAUCAUCAGAGGCAAAAACUGGGGGUGCUGGUCGAUCUCUUGUAAUGUGCAUCAGAGUGCUCCUCCAUGCUACAGUUUAAUCUUUUUGUGUCCUGUUCCACUGCAUGAGAUCUCAGAGCAAACAGACACACCCACUGUAUUUGUCUACCCCAGCAGUGCCCUCUACUGGUCAUAGAGAGAAAUUCAGAGACGUCUGGGGUAGACAGAGACAGGAAAUGAAUGUCUGGAGUAGAAUUCCCUGUCUUUCUCCACUGGUGGCACAAUGAACAGCCCAUGUUGGUGCUAGAACCACAUCACUGCCCUUUACUGACCUCUUCCACUAGACAGGCAUUCAGCAGGGACAUCAUUUGGCAUAACCACUGCCCCAGCCCCAGGAGAAGACUGUGGAGAUGCACAAGGCUUGACAUAGGACUCAAAACUGUGAGACCUGAAUCUCAAUUGUAGUGAAACUUUUGACUGUUGCAUUUUCAUGAUAAAAUGGCAUAUUCUGAGGCAGUGAGUUCACUUAUACGCAUAUGUACUUGUUAUAUGGCUAGUUAAUCAUGCAAUGUAUGAUGUAAAAGAACCUAACAAAAGGUAGCACUUUGUGUUUUUCCCAGCAAUAAAUGCUUUGAAUUCAAUUUGUGGAGGAAAAAAAACUAAAAAAAAUCUGAAGGAUCAUGCUGUUAUUUUAGAUCUGUAAGAUCUGAAAUUCUUGUCUGUGUUUUGAUAAAUUCCUGACUUUUAAAGCCAGCUCUCAUUGUCUAGACGGUGGUGUGAAGCCAUGUUGUGCCAUAGUGAUUCUGUAAUUAGUUUUCCGUCAAAAUGAGGUGAGUGCAGAGAUGAUUGACAGAUAAGGGUCAUGUGUUGACAUUCCAGGGGAUCUAGCGGUUGAUAUUAAAUGUCAUGGUGAUGGAGGUGGUUGGCAUUGCUCCUAACUGACCCUUUUCAGUAAGAUGAGAUAUGUUUAGACAUUUUUAGACAUUCAAGUACUGCAGCUCAUCAGGGAAGAGGAGAGGGGAACAACUGGUAUUUCCUCUCUUCUUUCCUUUUUUCAUAAUUUGCAGCUUUGUACACAGGCUUGUUUCUAAAAGAAAGAUGUCAGAUCUUUGUCAACACGUACAUAUAAGUCAAAUUUAAUUCAUUUAGCACGCAGCCUACACACAAGGACAGCAAUAACCUUAGUAAAAAAGAUGUUCUAAUCUAACAUCUGUGUUUAAAGUUUUUUUUGUAAGGGCUGGCACUGCUUUACUUGUAGUAUUGUCGUUAGUGUAUGUUUUCGUGAAAGACAAUCCAUCAAAUAUCUGACCUCAUUAAGGGUAUAUUUGGGCUGCUCAGGGAAACUAUUGUUUUAUAGUUCAGGAGGAGAGUAAAUGUGUUAAAAACUGCAAGGAGAUGGCAGUAAAGUACAGUCGUUUGAUAAAUAAUGUGCAAAAUAUUACAGUGAAAUAUUGUUCAAUUGUUCUGUCCUCUUUGAGCAUCAGGAAGAAUUAUCCUAAACAAUACUGAGCAGAAAGCAAUAACAAUGACAUAAUCAUGUUUUGAAAAUGAAAUUUGCAUGCAAAUGCUUUGAUGCAGAACGUCAUCAUGUGGUUUUAUUUGGUUUGAAAUUUGCUUGGUUCGGCCUCUUUCAUGUCCUGAUAACUUUAUCCUUUUCCUAUUUCUUUAGAGACCUGAUUUGACCUGUGUACCCUGUGAAUAACUCUCUUUUAAGCAAACCUAAAUCCCACUGUUUGUGUUGGUAAAAUCAAACUAUGGUGACUCAUUAAAGGACUAUUAUGGCACUUAAAUGGUUGGUAAAUAAACUUCUUAAGUUUGGUUUUAAACUCAUCGAUGAAAUAAGUUCAUUGAUUUCUGACAUUAUCAAGGUUCAGUAUGGAUUAUUAGCUGUUUAUUAUUAUGACAUUUGCAAUGUGUGGUGUUGUAUGUGUGCUAGUCCAGAGGCCUGGAAUGUUCUUUCUUUAAUUUGCCAAUUCAUUAUCCUUUCAAUGUCCAUCACUAAGGCAGUAUUGUAUUUUUCUCUUGCUUUGGUUUUGGGGCAUGAGUACUUAAUCUUUCUAUAUACAUUUUAAGACAAGAGUAUCAUCACAGUAACACAGUCCCUUUUAAGGUUGUCAUAUUUUUCACUGACAAAUGACCAAAUGUUUUGUAUGAUAUACAGUACACACCAUGAUAUGCUAAUUUGUGAGUCAUGCUACUUGUUUGAGUGCAUCACUGUUUGUACUAAAGAAAAACUUCCUUUAGUUUAGAAGAUCCAGAAUCAUCUUUUUCCUCUGUACAUUUUUCCAUCCUUAAUUUUUUAACCGAUUAACAGAGGUUUUGUUUUGUUUUAAUCCACCAAAGCACUCUUUGAACUAGUCUCCGGUAGAUCUUUAGGAACAGUCCAUUUCUUCCUACUUGUUUGUUUCGAGAUAUUUUGCUGUUUGUUUGUAUAUACACCUGUACAAAAAGUAUUGUUUUCUUUUAAAUACAGUUUUCAUCUAAUGUUGUGAUUUUUGUAUUUAGAGGUUUAACCCCCUAAAUUGCUUUUACUAAAGGCGCAUGUCACACAUUGACAAAUGGUGUGUUGAAUGUGCUGAUGAUAAUAAAAAUCCCACAGCUUGUGAUGAAAAUUACAUUUGUCA